AUGACUGAUGUCUCGCUUCGACCCUUAACAACUCAUAAAUCGCAUCGUCACUCGCACAAUACGGGAGUGCUGGAGUGUCAAACUAUUUUGCAAGGGAGAUUCAGAUUGAAUGGUCUGCUGGGAAAAGGAGGAUUUGGAGAGGUAUACGCCGGUGUGACGGUUUCCACGGGUGAAGAAGUGGCAGUGAAGAUUGCACCAAAUAGAAAACGUCAUGUUUUGGCUCAUGAAGCGGAUGUCAUGCGUUCCAUACAAAGUGCUGUUGGUAAUGCAGAUCCGCCAGGUAUACCCACACUGAAAUUCUUUGGUCAUGAUGGUGAUAACACUAUUCUCGUCAUGAGUGUUCACGGGCCGUCAUUGGAGAAGCUCCGCUCUGAGAUGGGAAGGCUUUCCCUCAAAACAGUAGUUAUGCUUGGUAUGGAAAUGAUUGACAGAAUACAGUUCUUUCACUCCACUGGAUUUAUACACCGCGAUAUUAAACCAGGAAACUUCCUCAUGGGCGUUGGAAAGCACGCGCAUGAAGUGUAUUUGAUUGAUUUUGGUCUCAGUACCCGUCACAGUCAUUCCGGUGCUUGGCAUCGUGGAAGACCGACUGCAAGCAAGUUUGUUGGCACAUCAUGGUUUGCAUCCCUUCGCACUCAUCAGGGUUACGCACAGAGCCGCCGAGAUGAUUUGGAGCAGUUGGUUUAUUCACUAAUUUAUCUCCACCGCGGAAAAUUGCCUUGGACGGAGUUACGGCACACUGACCGAACUGAAAGGACACGGGCUAUUGCAGCGGCGAAAGAAAAUCUCUCUACCGCACAAAUAUGUGUGUGUUGCCCCCCUCAGUUUGAAGUGCUUCUCACAUAUGUACAGAAGCUUAAGUUUGAUGAAAUACCGCGAUAUGAAAUGUGUAGGAAUAUCAUUUGGUCUAUUCUCCAUCCAUCAUCUGCAGGUCCGAAACCGAGUUUAACGUAUGAAUGGCUCACACCAGAGCGGGAAUGCGAGACACCAAAGUGCGUGUUUCCGGCUCUGAGGGGAUCAGAAACGAAACAUGGAACUAAAAACGAUGAAGUGGCAAGAAACGAUAGUGAAGCAAAGAAAAGUUUGAGGAGACGAAUGCCCACAGCGAGUUCUACAUCUCAUACCGCCGGAAAGGGAUGA